AUGGAAGACGAGCCUCACAAUUCCAAUGCCAUGGUUGACCAAGAGGAGAGCACAGGCAGCGCCCCUGGCCCAGUGUUCUCGGGUCGAAAGCCGAAGAGGCUCCGGUCGAAGGUGUGGGAUGACUUCACCCCCAUCUACAUCGAUGGGAAGCUCGCGAGGGCCGAGUGCAUGCACUGCCACCAGGUCUUCAGCAGCGGAACCGGCAACCUGCGAAAGCACCAGGCCAAGUGCUGCCCCAGAGCCCAGAAGAGGGCAAUGCAACACAAGCCCCCGUUCUUGUUGACCGGCCAAAACAAAUCCUCAGACACAGCGAAGGUUGAUCAGAAUUUGUCUCACGGGGAGCUUGGGACACAUGAGCAGAAGAAUCUUGCUUCAUGUGACACUCACACUGACAAAGAUCGGAAGAAUCAGUCGCAUGAGGAACUUGCAGUGCCUGACCAGGACAUUCCCACUGACAUGAAUCAGAGGAAUCUGAAGGUUGGUCAGAUUGAGCCCCAUGAGGAACUUGUCAGGAUAUUUUCUGUGCACGGGUACCCGCCACCGAUACAGAUCCAUGAUGGAUUCAGUAAGUUUGUUUCUAGCUUGAAUCCUAUGGUGAAGAUGCCGGCCAAAGCUGACAUGUAUAGGUACUCUAGGGAACUGUUCGACAAAGAAAAAACCAAGCUGAAGGAGAAGUUGGCAGCUUUGAGCAGUCGGGUUUGCUUGAGUGCUUAUCUGUGGCAUUAUGAUCUGACCUCAGCGUUCCUAUGCUUGAGUGUUCAUUACAUUGAUGAUGAAUGGGAGAAGCAGAAACAUAUCAUCAGGUUUCACUCUGUGGAUCCUUCCUGCAAUGCAAAGCAACUGAGCCAGGAUAUACUGAGUGCUAUUGGAGAUUGGGGUCUUCGUUACAAGGUUUUCAGCAUUACACUGGACGAUGUGUUUCUAGAUGAUUCAGUUGCUUCAGAUCUCAAAGCCAGUCUCCAAGAAUGGAACCUUCGCUCGGCAAACCGGAGCUCGUGUAUGUCUGCAAAACAUACCUCAUCAAUGUCUGCAAACCGUAGCUUGUUUGUGGCACGGUCUCCAAUUCAUCUAGUUAAUCAGGUCAUACAUGUGGGGAUCGAUGAACUUCACAAAGUGAUGGAGAAGUCAACAAAGUGUUCCAAGCACACAAAGGGCCACAUCCCUUCAGCAGUACGGUUUCUGAACUGUGGAUAUGCACCUUCAGCUGAAGAGUGGAGCAACGCGCAACGUAUCUGUAAGAUAUUGCAGAGGGUGCAUAUAUACAUGGAUGAGAUGAACACCUUUCAUGGCCCAGCCGACCUCCUUGACCGGUUAUGGGGUGCAAAACGAGCUCUGCAUCCAGAGGAUAGUUUUUACGGGGACAAAACAGUUUCGAAAGAGCUAAAGAAGAUGCAGCAGAAGUUUACCGAAUACUGGAAUCUCUAUUGCUUAAAUAUCUGUCUACCUGUAAUCAUGGAUCCUUCACACCGUCUGGAAUGCAUCAAGUCUUGUCUUCGUCCUAAGUUGUACAAUUAUUGUUUGAGGCGCGAAUUGGACAAGGAUAUAAAAGAAUAUUUUCAGGAAGUGCAUGACAUGUUGAUCAACCUCUUCUAUGAAUAUUCUGAUCAGGUGGGAGACACUAGCUGCACAUCUGGACCUAAAAAUGGCCGGAACAUUCUUGUGAAGGGGGAUGAUACGCUGAUGCAAUAUUAUCAUCAUAUUACCUAUCCAUUUAGCAAGCGUCCGAUGGCAGAACUUGAUCAGUACUUGCAAGAGCCACGUCCCUGCACAGGCGAGCAAACCGUUCUACAAUGGUGGAAGGAACAUAGCCUGACCUACCCCACAAUUGCUCGGAUGGCACGUGAUAUAUUGGCAAUACCAGCCAGUACUGAAUGCAGUGUAGCAAUAAGGACUGCAAGACGAACAAUUUGUCAGUCUAGUAAACACUGGGUUGAGGAGACUGUCUGUACUCAGGAUUGGCUCACAUCUUAUGGUUCUUUGAACGAAAUGCCAAACGGUGCUCUUUUUGAGUGA